CUUCACCCAUUACGUCGUCAACAAGAGUUCACUCAUUCAUUAAGUUGCUCAUCAUAUCGAUCUGAGAUCGCACUUGACUUUACAGUCACAUUCACCACUUCUACAGUCACCCCAAAAGCAUAACUUGUCUCUACGACAUAGAACACCUAGUCUUGAAGACUUGACAAUACCAUUUCAAACAUUCGAUCCAAAACCUUACUGCAAAAAGAAGCAACUAGUUUCGGUCGACCAACUUGAAGUAAAGCAUAGUCUUACUUUAUCCCAACCAUCCUUAUCAAGUUUAAACACUACAUUACACAAAACACAUCACUCAAUAUGCAAUUUAUAACCUCCAUCCUCGCCGCUUCCGCAGCACUCGCAACCAUCGCCUCUGCCGGCACCGUUCACUUCGUCAACCAAGAUAACACCACCCGUACCUUAGUCUUCACAGCCACCUCAGGCUACGAAGCCAUCGAGUCCCUCACCAUCCACGGAGCCACCACAGUCAACCAAACCUUCCCCACGGGCUGGAUCGGCAACUGGUUCUCCGUCUCCGAAGGCGCCGAAAACACCUCCGGCAUGCUCGGAGAAGUCUGCUUUGAUUCCUGGGGAGGCAUGACUUACUUUGAUGUCUCCGCCAUCGUUAACCCUGAUGAUACAGAAGGUGUUAAGGAACUCUUCCCAUUACAUACCGGUGUUCCCGUCUCUGGUUGUCAAAGCUUUCCUUGCGAUAAUGCUUACAACCAUGCUGAUGAUGUACAAACUCAAGCUACUGAUUCCAAUGAGCUUGUUUGUCUUCUUGGUAAUCUCCCUGCCUCUAAGCGCGAAACAAGAACGAGAGCGAAGGUCGGUAAGGAAUUUGUUACUGGUGGUGGAUCGGCUUAGAUCUGCUACUGGUUUCUUUCUUCUUCUUUCCUUUUCUUUUGUCCUUGGUUGGGUGGUGGAUGUCGAGGUGGAGAGGAGAGUGCAGAGUGCAGUUGGAGAUACCCCCUUGCCCUGAUGCAUGCACACACAUAUGCACAUACAUACAUGCAUACAUCAGAAGCAAGCGCAAAACACGAAAAGCAAAAGGAAAAUGAAAGGGAAAGGGAAGAAAUAAAUGUACGUCAGCGCCGCUAUGCGUGCAGCGAUGAGGCAUACGAAUUUUAUGAUGGUCGGUUGGUUCUUUUAUGAUGGUUAUAGAAAAGGAUAUGGA